UCCAAAUUGUGAAUCACACCCUGAAAGUGUUCGUUUUUGGCUCCCGCAGCUCUCGCCCUCCGAUUUCUCAUCCAUUGAACAAAAUCACAAGAUCAAACCCCAUUUUAUUUCAGUAAGACCUUCUCAAAAUCCAUAUUUCCACAAAUCCGGGAACUCCCAAUUGCAUCUCUCUUUUAAAUAUCUUAUUUAGAUAAGAUAAAACUGUGUCUCAAAUUCCAUCUUAUCCUAAUCUCUAUAUUCCAAAAUAGAGAGAUCAUGAGUUGUUGAAAAGGGAUCCUCUCUCACUCAUGGGCUUAGCUUCUUCAGUUUCCUCUUCUGCAUGAACUUUUCCCUACCUUUAAUUAGUAUCAGAUCUUUUCAGUUAUACAUUGUUUUAGCUCCAUGGAUUACUUGAGAGAAGUGGAAGGCAAAAGGGUACAUGACCAUGUCAGCAACAAGGUGGCUAUGUCGCCCAGCCGGUGCAUAUGGGUGCAUGGACCAGUCAUAGUUGGUGCUGGACCUUCAGGCCUUGCCACAGCUGCUUGCCUGAAACAAAAAGGGGUUCCAAGCUUGAUUCUUGAGAGGGCUAAUUGCAUAGCUUCGUUGUGGAAGCUUAAGACCUACGAUCGUCUCCAUCUCCAUCUUCCAAAGCAUUUCUGCGAGCUCCCUUUCAUGCCAUUUCCAUCCAGUUUCCCUACCUACCCGACGAAACAACAGUUUGUGGCCUACUUGGAUGCUUACACGAGCCAUUUUGGUUUAGAACCAGUCUUCAAUAACACAGUGGUGAGUGCAGAAUUCGAUCCUCGAUGUGGGUUUUGGAGGAUCAAGACCUUGGGGCUGAAGCAGGAGGAAUCUGAAUAUGUAUGCCAAUGGCUAAUUGUUGCCACUGGUGAAAACGCUGAUGAGGUUGUGCCAGAUAUUGAAGGAAUGAAUCAAUUCGAGGGUCCUAUUUUUCAUACCAGCUCGUACAAGACUGGGGAGUUGUUUUGUGGGAAGAAAGUUUUGGUGGUUGGAUGUGGGAAUUCAGGCAUGGAAGUCUCUUUAGAUCUUUUCAACUAUAAUGCUAGUCCAUCCAUCGUGGUCAGAGAUUCGGUGCACGUUUUGCCACACGAGAUGUUUGGAAGAUCAACUUUUGGACUGUCCAUGUGGCUGCUCAAAUGGUUUCCCGUGCGCCUUGUUGAUCAAUUUUUAUUGCUAGUCUCCCGUUUCAUGCUUGGUGAUACUUCUCAAUAUGGCCUUCGUCGUCCUAAACUUGGCCCUAUCCAGCUCAAAAAUGCCACGGGAAAAACUCCUGUUCUGGAUAUGGGCACUCUUGCUAAGAUCAGAAGUGGCCAUAUCAAGGUUUUCCCGGGAAUACAGAGAAUGAUGCAUGAUCACGUAGAGUUUGUUGAUGGAAGAAAGGAAAAUUUUGAUGCUAUCAUCCUCGCCACUGGUUACAAAAGCAACGUACCUUCCUGGUUGAAGAGCAACGAGAUGUUUUCAGAGAAAGAUGGGGUGCCCCACAAGUCAUUCCCAAAUGGAUGGAAAGGUGGAAAUGGGAUAUAUGCAGCUGGCUUUACAAAGCGUGGCCUGCUUGGCGCGUCUAUUGAUGCAAGAACAAUUGCACAAGACAUUGAGCCUCGCUGGAAAGCUGAGGCCACAAGUUUCAUGGCUUUUGCUCCUGCAUCACUGCAACAAUCAUAUAUGAGUUGAAAAUGAUUACAUCAAAAGAAAAAUCUAAUGAACCUUUUUUAGUUUCUUGGAAAUCUAAUCAAGUUCUUCAGCUUCUAUUUGAGAGAUCAGCCACUGCCAAGCUGGAAUAGAAGAACAAGGACUACAUGCAUGUUUUUAACCUUUAAAUUUCAGGCAACCUAGGAAUAUUAGGGUUGAUGGAAGAUUCUCAAUGUGUAUAUAUUGUGCAUCUUUCUAGUUUUCUAUUAUUAGUUGGGUGGCAAUCUUUUUAAUUAAGUGGGGGAAAUAAUUGCUAAAUUAGCUCUAGUAAUUUCCAUUCAAUUUGAGUUUGAUGUAUAUAGAAGAAAAAAAAAUGCUAUGGUUUCUUUUUAUAAUA